GUAAUGCUGCAGUGUCGGUUUACGGAGACACAAGUUAAGAAAUCUGUCCUUUGACUUGUGUACCUAAUAUUGGUAGAAUUUUAUGCAGAAUUUUCCAGCAUUACUGGAAAAAGGGAUCCUGAGAAGAUACUUGACAUGUCAGAACUAUUUAAAGUAACAGAGUCUUUGUUCAUCAGCAAUUCUAGAAAUGCCUGCAAGACAAAUCUUCUGAUUCAAGAGGGAGUGACGUGUUGUAUUAAUGUUUCCAGGCAGCAGCCGUUCCCGGACUUUGAUCUUCAUACCCUGCGUGUCCCAGUGUUUGAUCACCCGCUUCAAAACUUAUCUGAUUAUUUUGAGCAGUGUGUGGAUCUGAUAGAAAGCACUAUAAACAGUGGGGGGAAGUGUCUAGUCUAUUGCAAGAAUGGACGCAGCCGCUCCGCCACUAUCUGCAUAGCCUAUCUGAUGAAACAUAAACGGCUAUCACUGAAUGUGGCCUUUCAGGUUGUUAAGACAGCAAGACCAGUAGUAGAACCAAAUCCGGGAUUCUGGUCACAACUGGAAAGAUAUGAAAAAUCUCUUCAAGGAGAUAAAACUGUGGCAUAAACACCCUUUAAGGAUUUUCGGACGUGGAACCUCGUUACCAUUUGGUUCAUGGAUGCCUACCAUCAGUAGAAUAUUCAUGUAUAAAACGAUGAAAGGCAUCAGGGUACGAAGAGGUCAAAUAGUUCUUUUUUAUAAGAUUUUUUUUUAAAUCAGGUCUUGUCAUACAUAAAUGUGGCUCUUGACUUUUUCUACAGUGUUAAAGUAAAUACAUACGCUAUCCUCAACA